UUAUAAAGCUCGGAAUAAUCUUGCACGACCCUUUCUUUGACAUUUCUCACGGAUCUCGCUUAAGGACAUUCGCCCCGGGACACGAUAAACCGCUGCCCUACGCCGAGGUUAUUCCUGCCCCGAUGGCAUCGAACCUGAAACCAGAUGGUCAUCCUGGCAUUAUUCAAGGGAUUGACUCUAAGUGGUGCAGACUGAGGAAUAGUGGUACAAGUACGCACAAGUGGGACAAAACAGUCGUUCGCAUUGGUGCUUCGAGAUUUGUACAUAGCAACACAGACGCUCAUUAAAACUGGGGGCUUUGUCAAGGACCUAGGGUACGGAAGGAACUAGCCGAAGCAGUCAUGUUUUCCGUGGGCGAUUUUGGGCAAGUUAUACGACUUUGCGCUUUGCUCGGUGCGGUGCCGGCUCGGUUCACGAGAGUAUGAGCACUGGAUCCUCAGGCCUCAGUAUAUAUUUAUCCGUUUCCGCCUUCGUUCUCAACGGAGUCAACAUAUUGACAUUUCUUAGCUUGAUUUCUUUCACCAGACGCGUCUGUGGCGUGGGAACAUCCUUGGAAAUUACUUUCAUUCUUUCGCCCGUGGCCUCUCCUCUUCGACUGUGGGGUGGCAUAUUAGGUCUAGAGCUUUAUUAUGGCCCCAUCGAGAUACAAGCUGAAUAUGGCUCUCACCGACAAUUUCUUUGCACACCUUCUGCAUGGUUCCAGCGACGGGCUCAGACGAGCACAUAUGAUCCUGAAGGAAAACUCGACGAAGGGAUAUCACAUUGGUUUCAGAUGGCUCAAACAGGACGACCUCCUGAGCCUUGGGGGCCAACUCAUCGUUCAACUGUGGUGCCCAAAUGGUGCGGUCUCUCCCUUUCCAAGGAAGCUGCCGAGUAUUCAUGGGGGUGCCUUUGGACGAUACCAAGUCCGAAUUGGAUUCUGACGUUGAUGAAGCUUCCCUUGCAAGUACCCACGAACAUUGACGACGUCAGUGUAUAUAGCCUGAACCCUCCCAGAUUUGUCGGUACGCGCGCCUGUCGUACAGAACAGCUUUAUGGAAAUCAUCCAGAAGGGUUGUUCCACCAUACAAUCCCCUCUUCGAGUAACCCUGGCGCGUUGCCCCCCCGUUGCGCCCAUAGUAUUCUGUUAAGACUAGCAGAGGCACUCGCGCUUCUGAGUCUGCUUCGUACCCUCGUCUGUGUGCCUUUCCUAGUACAAAUGCUGGUGGAAUUUUUUUACGGACAAAAUUUGACCUCUCGAAGAGAUCAUCAUCGCGUGUCAGGCUGGGGCGGAAGUGGUUGGUUGAGAUGAGGCAACUGUCAAGCGACUCAGCCGCUCCGCGGCUGUGGCUUUGCACGUAUGGAAGAGUGACAAGCGAGGUUCUGAAUGCCUUACUUCAGAAGGAAGGAGACGAUGCCCCUUUUUUCAGAGCUGGAUGUUCGAACGCUCCUUUCUCUGGCCCAGUUAUUGUCCUAAUGGGUGAACGGUCAAUCGUAUUUCUGAUUAGACGAUCGGUGGAUCAUGACUACAGCGCGAUAUUCCCCCUUUAUAA